GUCAGAUGCGAACACGUGACCGCAGUUGUCAGUGCGCAAGGGCGGCCGAUAACGGGUGUCGAUGUUACGAGCGCGGUGUUUCCACAGCAGAAUUUUCACGUGACAACCCGAGGAAACGCGCGGGAAGUUAACAUUACGACGAUGUGAAACGAGACGAUUCCACGGGAUCUCGACGAAAACGCGACAAAAGCCUCUCUCGUUUCGAACACCCAUUAUAUCCUGGGCGCCACCGAAAUGCCGAGCAAGGGAGAGGAGAACUUUUGCAAGAAAAUGGCAAGAUCCACCAGAGGAGUUCACGCGAUCAGCGAUGCUCUGGUGAACGCGAAAUUGGCAUUCGGGUUUCUCGAUGAUUCUGUAUGGGCUGAUGGGCUUCUGGUUUUCUACGAGGUCUUUCGCUAUCUAGAGGGUGCAAUGAUUAGAUUAAGGAACACCAAAAUUGGAUUGCUUCCACUCAGCGAGCUUCAACGUACAGAAGCUUUUGAGCGGGAUCUUGAUCAUUACUUGGGGAAAGAGUGGAGGAAGAAUUAUAGUCCUAGAGAUAGCGUCACCAAAUAUCUGAUGCGUUUGAGAGAAAUAGAAGAUACGGAUCCUACUCUAUUAAUGGCAUACAUUUAUCAUCUUUACAUGGGUCUUCUUAGCGGCGGUAUUAUUCUGCGCAAAAAGCGGCAGCUCAUGCAAAAGAUCUCGCCUUUUAAAGCAUCACCAUCGAAUGAUGGUAAUAGCAUUACAGAUUUUGGACAAAACAGUAUAUUUCAAUUGAAGAGCGAUUUACGCGAAUCCAUGAAUAGAAUCGCGGAGACAUUAGACGAGGACACAAAAAAUAAACUUAUCGAAGAAAGUAAAAUAGUCUUUGAAUUGAAUAACGAAAUUGUUAAAAGUGUGCAGACCGGAAAUCACGUCUUUGAAAAAGUACUCUAUUUUAUCGGUCAAAUUGUGCUAAUACUCUGUAUCUUGAUAAUCGUCCUCAAUAUUCUCUUCAAAUACAUCAUACGUUAAUAAAUGUUACUUUAAUGCUAAUUUAACGUCAAUUCGCUAAAAAAAAA